GGCCAGCUCGAGGCUAGCAAGUAGCAAUGCCCCGAUAUGGCAUAACUUAUUACAUAAUAGACCUCUGUGAGAGGCUCGAACAAACCGCCGCCGAGCCGUCGCUAUAUGUCAUUGCCGAUGCUCCGGUCGAGAGCGCCCCCAUUACCGGUACCACUGCUGGGGAUGCUCUCAUCCCUAUUCCCUAAGCCGAACCCCAUCCUCUUCACUCCCCAUAGCUCUGUCUCUUCUUCCGGCUCACUUCACCCCCUCACCCUCUCCUCCGACCGUAAGAAACUUUCUCCAGCUCACCGGAGCUGCUGUUUCAGCAGCAUGACCAUCUCCAGAUGCUUUUCCGGAGCAGCAGGAGCCGACCCGAUUCCGGUCCCUUCAGCGCAGGAGCCGAAGGUUCCGGUUUCCAACCCCGAUUCUCAGGCUCUGGUGGUGGUCUCCUUCUACAAGUUCGCGGAUUUCCCUGACCACGCUGAGCUGCGGAAACCCUUGAAGGACCUCUGCGAGGAAUUGCGUGUGUCAGGUGGUAUCAUCCUUGCGCCAGAAGGGAUCAAUGGCAGCAUCUGUGGGACCCGUGAAUCAGUUGAAAAAGUUCUUGGAUUCAUCCAGGAGGAUGAUCGGUUAAAUGGGCUCAGACAGAUCGAAUCUCCGGUGAGUCCUGAAGAAGAGGCUCUUCAUCAUGGACAUAGUAGCAGCUCUCCUCUUGCAGCUGGGGAAGAUGCCCCCUUCCGUUGGGAUCACGUCAGAGUCAAGCUGAAGAAAGAGAUUGUUUCUCUUGGAAUGCCUACUGUGUCACCCAUUGAGAGGGUUGGGAAGUAUAUAAGCCCUGGGGACUGGAACGCACUGAUCAGUGAUCCGGAUACAGUGGUGAUCGAUGUGCGCAAUGACUAUGAAACGAGAAUUGGGAAAUUCAAAGGAGCAGUUGAUCCAUGCACUGCAGCCUUCAGGGAGUUUCCUUCUUGGGUGGAGAACCAGUUCCAACUUCCUGAAUCGAGUGGUCAGCAUUUAAUGGCAGAGGAGAAUUGUUCAAAUGCAAAUGGCAGUCCAGAAACUGAAAUCCCGAAACAGAGGAUGCCUCAGCGGGUUGCAAUGUAUUGCACAGGAGGAAUUCGGUGCGAGAAAGCUUCAAGUUUCCUCCUGAGCAAGGGUUUCAAAGAGGUUUAUCACUUGAAAGGUGGAAUAUUGAAGUACCUCGAGGAAGUUCCGGAGGCAGAGAGCAUGUGGGAAGGGGAGUGCUUCGUUUUUGACAAGCGGGUAUCUGUUGAGCAUGGUUUAGUACCGGGAACUUUCAAGCUCUGCUAUGGCUGCAAGCAACCUGUAAGUGACGAGGACAUGGAAGCACCGGAGUGGGAGUAUGGAGUCUCAUGUCCCCACUGUUACUACUCCAAGUCCGAGGAAGAGAAGGAGAGGGCAAGAGCUCGACAGAGGCAGUUCGAGACAUGGGGCAUCAUUGGUGGGCCUGAUAAAGGUCGAAGGCCAGCACUGAAGUUGGAUAAUAUGAAGGAGAACAGCUAUAGUAAGAACAGCAAUACUAGGCACUCGAGUUCGGUUUAGGAUUUUCGUCACCCUCGGGUUAAGUUUGAGUCGGUUUGGCUGUGAGGCACUUUGGGCGUCGUGUCAUAAUUUGUCAGAGUGAAGCUUUGAGUUCUGUCAGGUAACGCUCAUGGGGGAAGCCUUCUUUGGAUUGCUGUUAUUAGGCAAAGGCAGUUUUUGAUAGAGAAGAGUGAGAGAGGGAAAGUAGUCCUGACAUGCAUCAGAAUCAAGUUAUAAAUUUUUCUAGUUGAGGCAUUUCAGAGGCAGAGGAAAGCAAAUCGAUAACUCCUCGGCUUUCCUUAUUCUUGGUUUUCAAUCCUCUUCUAUCAGUUUCCUGUUGACAGAGACUUCCGAUAAGGUCGAGAUGUAAUUUAAUUAUGAUUCUGCGGUUCGUUUUUCUUUAUUGAA